AUGGAUGCGGAGGGGGGGGUCGCCCCCUCCCGACCCCCGGGACACCCCCCGGGACGCCGAGCUGCCGGACGGGACCUCCACAGACGGGACGGGGCAGGCACGGGGGGGCCGUUGUCCCCGUCCCCGCGCCCCGGCUGCCGCCCGUCCCCAGCUCCGCUCUCCCCGCAGCCCCCCCGAGCCCGCCGCCCCCCGCCCGGGAGGACCCCCCCGCCCGGCCGCCUCCGCCGCCUCCGCCGCCGAGACGGGCCCCCCCGCGCCGUCGCCCAACCCAAGCGCCGGGACGUCCGUCGGGGGGGGGGGGGGGAGGGGGCGGGGGCGGGGGGGCCGGUCCCCCUGCGAGAGCUGUUGGGUUUGCGGGGCGGGGGCGGGGGCGGGGGGGGGUCCGGCCCGCGCCCCACCAUCUGCGGCGAGUGCGGGAAGGGCUUCAGCCGCAGCUCGGACCUGGCGCGGCACCAGAUCACGCACACCGGGGAGAAGCCCUUCACCUGCGGCGCCUGCGGGAAGGGCUUCAGCCAGAACUCCAACCUGGCCACCCACCGCCGCAUCCACACCGGGGAGAAGCCCUACGGCUGCGGCGCCUGCGGGAAGCGCUUCGGGGAGAGCUCGGCGCUGGUGCAGCACCAGCGCACCCACACCGGGGAGCGGCCCUACCGCUGCGGGGAGUGCGGGAAGAGCUUCAGCGUCAGCUCCAACCUCCUGCGCCACCGCCGCACCCACGGCCGGGAGCGGCCCCACGUCUGCCGGGAGUGCGGCGACGGCUUCCGCCACCCGGCCCAGCUCCGGCGGCACCAGAAGCUCCACGUGGUGUGAGCCGGGGGGUGGGGUGGGGACGCCACGACGGGAAGACCGGGAUGGGGACACCGGGAUGGGGUUGGGGACAAUGGCAUGGGGACACCAGGAUGGGGACACCACGAUGGGAAAACCAGGAUGGGGACACUGGGAUGGGGACGCUAGCAUGGGGAUAGGGACAAUGGGAUGGGGGCACCAGGAUGGGGUUGGGGACACCAGGAUGGGGACACCAGGAUGGGGACACCAGGAUGGGGACACUGGGAUGG